CAGCAUAGCUGUGAAAUGAAUAUUAUUGUUUUGGAAUACCUGCCUUAGCACACCUGUACACUGUCGUGGUGCUGCAGGGGCAGGAAGAAACUGCGCUCGCAUGAAACUGGUUUUCACUAUAUAAGGAAACCACCAGGCGUAUUUUUACUGCUUGUUACUUAUCACUUACGGUACAGGGUAUGAUUAAGUGAGCUGUUUUAAAACAGCAAUAAAAGCUUUUUGGGACUUCUCGUCUAAGCUUUAAUUUACUGUCUCAUUAUAAUUCAAUUUUUAGUUAUACAAUGAGUAAAUCAACCGGCUCCAAAUUUAAGAAGAUUUUUCAAAAGGCGAAAUCCUCAGAAAAUGACGAAGAACACAACGAAAAACAGUUAAGAAAACAAAUAAGUUUAUCCGGAGAUGCCGCCUGUCCCAUUAGUCCGAACGAGACAAAGAAGAAAACUUUCGGUUCUUGGCGCAAAAAGAAAAAUCCGAACGAGCCUUCCUAUCCCCAAACAGCAGGACCAGAGGAAAGAAAUGACAUCGAGGACUUCGACGAUGACCUCAAUAAAAACAAAUCCUCUGAUACAGUGAGGGUGAAGGCAGAGAGCAAUGCACCGCUGACACUGCCUAGAGAUGCAGAGUUCAGCCCGCAGAUGUCUCACUCCAGUCCAGCUUCACCCAUAAGUAAAUCACAGAAGUCACGGAAUUCUUCAGAAGAGAAGUCUGGAGUCUUGGAGCGCCUGGGAGGUUUUUUUACUUCCAAGAGAAGAAAGAGCAGAGGCUCCUCUGAGGUGUCUGAGGCCCCAACAGAAGACAGGACUCCUGGGGUGGAAAACAGCACGAAGAGUAGCGAGAAAGAAGGGCUCAAACCAGCUAUAGAUGAUUCCCAGUCGGAGGCUCAAUAUAUGUCAAAUGUGUCCGAGGAAGAAGUAGAAAGCAUAAGAAUAUCUCUGUCCGACGUGGGAAUACAGGGAUCUUUGAAAAGCACCACUACAAAGCAGGCCGGCUCACAUUACAACAGUAAAGAGGCAUCUGACAUUCCACCUCCUUCAGAAAAUGAUAGCUGUGGAAAAACAACCUUGAGCAGUGUACCGGUUGUUAAGGUAAACUCACAGACCACAGCGUUGGGUGCAACUGAAGAGACUACAGAGGUAAAGAACGCCAAACAUCCUUCCAGGAAGGAAUCAGAUUCUGAAUCGGAAAAGACAGGAGACACAUCCAAGAAGCUUAAAGUGUACAUAGAAGAGACAAGUGUAAGCAGUAGUCCCGAGAGCUCGAACAGGCCGGUCUUUCAAAAAACACUAAAAAGAAACUUUGAGAUUGUGUCCAGACCGGGUACGAAAUCCAAGGAAAACGCGGAGACAAAUGAUUCCGGAUUAGAAGACGCUUCCGCCGCUCAGACAUCCGAGAGCAAAUUAGAAUCUCUCACAAACAUACAGCACUCGGCAUCCCAGGAAGGCUCCCUUAAUGAAUCAUUUUCUCCCCUCGCGGCUCAACAUCCGGAACAAGAGGCUCUAGGAAAGGACCUUGAAGUCAAAUCCUCAAAAGAAGCUAAAGUUUUUACUGUAGAGGUGUUCCUGCAGUCUGAGAAAGAAAGUGGACCUGAUCUUUCCGCGGAAGGGCUAACGGUGGUGGAAACUGAAGCCAUGGGGAAGAAAACAGUCAAUGACAAAAGCAGGCGCAAUUCGGGGAGAAGAAGGUCCCAGAAAUCCCAUGAGAGCCCGCAGUCGCCUGAAGAAAAAGCAGACGGUGGCUCAAGCAAGAAAGAUGCCCACGAAGAUACAACCCUGGGAGCCGCUGAACCGCUUCCUCAGAAAGAAGCUGAAGCAGAGAAGCGCACGUUAAAGUGUCAAGAGGCUAGGGUGGAAACUUAUUUGAGUGUAACAUCAAAAACAAUUAAGCAACGACACCCAAGCCUUGAGGCUUCAGUUCAGAAUUUGGAGAAUCAAAGCUCAGUGCCGUCUGAGCAUGUGUUACCUAUUACUGUCCACAAAGAGGGUAUGGAUGUUGUAUCAGGCAGGCUCUCAAAUCAGACUGAGACAGGAUCUUGUGGCAGCAAGCCAAUUGCUGCUGUAGCUGCACCAGAAACCUCAUGGGUGGGAAAGACAAACACUGCAGAAUGCUGGGAAGGCGGUCGGAAUUCUUCUGGUGUUGCGUGUGCAGAAGGUCUCUCCUCGGAGGGGAGGACCACAACCCCUCCUUCCGAGUCCGGAAGCAAGUCUUUGAGAGCACCACAUGGUGAAACAGUUGCUCCCAAAAAGGUAGAGCUGAAACCUGAAUUGGGCCAGGAUGGAGCUGAAAGCAGUGGGAAGGCUUGGAAGAAAAGCAAACCAGAGGUAGCAGCCAAGACCCCCCUAAAAUCUGAAGUGAAACUACCACCCAAUUCCAAAAAGGUUGAAAUUGAAUGCAAGGAAACUAACUCGACUGAGAAGAUAGGCAAGGUUGGAGAAAAAAUAAGCUUGUUUGAGAAAAACACAACAAGCUAUGCCAAGAAAGAUUUUCAUGUCAUAAAGAACAUAGCUUGCUCUCCAAAAAUCCCUACAAAAUAUACUGGUCAGGUGAAACUGAAACUACAGAAGUCUUCUCAGAGCAGUGCGAUGGAGGGAAAAAAAACUGAAGUCGUCCAAGUUGAUGGUCAAAAUAAAAUUGAUGAAGGAAACUUACGAACUGAAAACCAAAGGUCUCCUUUAUCACCCACCAAACUGUCGGGUCGCAAAGAUAAAACAGGGAGCGCUAGUUCACCCAAGUUAAAGCAGCCAUCCUCCCCCACUGAAUCGGUUUCAAAUAUUAAGGCGGGUGGUACACGGAUGAAGAGUCGUGUACAGACUCCUACAGAAAAGUACAGUUUUGACUCCUCUGAAAAGGGGGAGCAUCCAGUUAGCGUCUUACCACAAAAGCCAGACAAGGUGCAGAGGGAAGAUUCCACAGAUUCUGUUGUGAAAGAACAACCUACUGCAGGCAAAAUGGAAGCCGUGAAGUCAAAGAUUCCCAAAAAAUCAUUGUCAGAGGGGACUUCAAAAAUACCACUAUCUUUACCUUCUGUAGAGCAGAGUGAGCCAAGUGCUCAAACUGAAGAAGAAAACCUUUCCAAACCUAGCAACAUGACUGUGAAGCAGCACCCUGCUGUGCCAGUUGAUGAAAGUGAAAGACAAAUAGAGCCUAAGGAAGUAAAGGUGAUAGGUUCUAACAGAUCAACUAGUACCCAGGAGACAAUAUUAACCUCCCAGAGUCCAGCAACUACCCUGCAGAGAGAACAGGAGUUGGGCUCAGAGGUCAAAAGCCAGAAAACUACAGAAUCUACUACUUCUGUAAACCAAAGCAUGGAAUCCUCCCCUUGUGAUAACAAGUUGGAUAAAAGCUCCAGAACUGGAAAAUCCUUGCUAAAACCUAUUGAGCAAGAAGCAAGGAUAGGCACUGUGCCUGAGUUACCUAGGUCUGUGCAGCAUGAAGAUACUACAGACUUAGCUCCUGAUGUAGAGCAUUUGUCCCUAAAAGAUAAUUUACCAGAAACAUCAGAACAACGUCCCUCCAUUUCAUCUGAAAUGUUAGAGCACCAUAAAUCAAGCCAAGUUAAAAGGGAUGACAGCCAGACAGCUGGUCUAAACAUCGCACUGCCAGACCUGAUUAUAAAAGAAAGCAAAUUUCCUAGCACUGAUGAAAAGACUUGUGCUGGAGUGCUAGAACCGGGACAGAGGAGCCCUCUUAAAGAACCCACUGAUGUAUCACAGGCUGGGAGCAAGCUGCCUAGGCCUGUUCAGAAGAGUGUCUCAAAACAGCAGAGUCAAAGUGAAACUGCUGGUGGAGGAGGUGAUUCCCCUACAUCGCCUCUGAAGACUCGCAUUGAACAGAAAUUUGACAGCAAAGAUUUACAAAAUCAAAACGAUGAGCUGCAAAAUGACAAAGCACAGAAUGAAAAUACUUUCAGCCAAAGUGUUAGAGACAUGCCUGAGACAGGUUUUGUCAGUACUGGACAGAAUAGUCCCAUCAGAGACACGGCUGAUGCAUUACAUAUUGGAAGCAGACUCCCAAGGCCUAUUCACAAACUUCUGCCUAAACAGAAGUCUAAUGGUGAGCCUACUGGUGUUGAAGAAAUUAUUGAAGCUGCCGAGCCUCUUAUACCACCUCCUAUGAGACAGAAAACCAACGUACAGUUAGAAAGCACGCUGCAUGAACCCAGUGUUCAGCAUUCUUCUGCCCAGCAGCCUAACAUCAUUCCUCAAGAGGCAAAUGAACAAAAUACUUCUAUAGAAGACAAUACCAACAAUGUACCUAACAGUAGUGUUGCUAAAAGGGAGCUGAUUGAACCUGUGAAUAAAAAUAGUACCAACAAACAAAUUCCCAGUAGUUUGGAAUUGGAGGUUAAAGAACUGACAAAGACUGAACAGCAAAGGGUAGAACAGCUUGACAGUAUUACUGUAAGUGCUGAAAGUAAAGUUUCUGAGUCUGGUCAAGCAAAUAAUACUGAGAUGCAAUUUGAGCGUGCUACUCUCAAAGAGGAAAAAGUUUUUCCUGAACCUGAAAGGAAUACCAGCACGAUUAGGACUGAUAAGAAGACUGAUGGAAGCGAAGGUGCUAAAAGUGAAUUUACAAAACCCGAGCAAGCUAAACCUGCUAUUGUAGUAUCACAGUCUCAGGGAAAUUUGGCUACUGUUGAAGAAAAACAUAAGGAAGAAAAUGUUGUGAAUGCCUUGGAAGCUGUUGCACUUGUCCAAAACCAAAAUGUGGUACCUUUAUGUGAAUCAGCAACACAAGCACGUGAAGGAUCCCAGCUUACAGAGCAGAAGCCCUCUAUUAUAGAUGCAAAUAGUUCAGUUCAGAACAGACUGACUAACGCACAGCCUGCGGACUCUGUUGUAGCUAUGCAACCUAAUACAGAAACGUCAAUGAUCAAUUCUCAUGUUCCCUUAAGAGAUAGUGUGGUUUCAGAGAAGCCAUCUGACCGUCUCAUGAUUCACUCUAGUACUGAGAUUUCUUUGUUAGUGAAGAAAUGUAAAGAUGAAAAGACAGACACAUCUUUGAAUGAUGGAACUACAGUUAAAAAGAGAGGUAACUCUGAGCUUAAUGAAGAUCAUAGGGUUGUACCCAUUAAUGCAUCGGAAAAAAUUGUGAAGGACAAUGUAUCUAAAGAGACAGUGAAGACUUCAGAUGAUGAUUCACGUGGUGUAGUUGUAGUUGAAAAUAAAGCCACCCAGCCCGCUGUAGCUAACACAAAGGCUGUACACUGCAGUCCUUUGGACUCGCGUGCAGAAUCAGGGAUUCCAGUAAAGGGUAGUGCUAAAUCUAGUUAUCGGGAUGAGAAACCUUUAUUACUCAAAGAGACAGAUUCAAAGACUGUGCUUAAAAGCACAAAGGACGUUACAGAAGGCAAACAGAAUACAGCCACACCACAGUUUACUAUUGGAGCAAAACGCCCUUUUCCUCCUGAGACCAUAAAGGGUAAUGCAUCAGUUAAGGAAACCCCAUCGAGUUGGUUAGAUGUGGACAAUAGUUUUGGGAAAAAACAGACAAAAAAGGAAGGGAAGCUGAACACAUCUAAAAGUGAAGACAGGAGUCUGGACACGUCAGGUGAUUUUCAGGACUUUAUAGAGAACAUCAAGAACCUUGGCAGUCCCUUUUCUUUGCCACCAAAAAAACACAAAGGUCUCAAAUCGCUGUCACCCCCAUUUGCCAUGCCACCCAUCAAAGAAGACAGAUUCGAGAAAACCUUAGAUCCAGAUUUCUUCAAAUUUGGUCUGGGAAAAAAAGAUGGACUGAAAGACCCGACUCCAGCAAUGUCAGUCAAGCUGCAAAGCAGUGAAGCAAAAAGCAAAUUUGCGCCCAAGCGUGUAACUGCAGAGCAGAGCAUGCUUUAUAAAUCCCUCCUGCCGUUGAGCAAAACCACAGGUCAGGAAACUAAAAUGGCUGAGAGCAAAGAGAAAGAGACUCAGGAAGAUCUAGGGAAAGCAAAAUCUCGUCUCGAGAGAAGUUCUGUACUUGCAAGUCUGCUGAAUUCCUCGAGUACAUCAAAAACAAAUCUGCCAAACACUAGUACAGGACCUGGCAGUGUGGUUUCUCCUUCCACUGCCCAAGCAAAAUCACUGCUGGCAACACAGUCCAGCACAUUCUCACCUUUGCCUAUAACAGAUGUGGGUGGGAGGGCUCCAGAGUUUGAGAAACCACUAUCUGCAGCAAGUGACUCACUCUCCCUCCCAUCUGAUUUCCCAACCCUGUCGUUUUCUGAUGUCAAGUUGCCAAGUUAUUUGGAGAAGUACCUCCAGCCAGACAGUGCAAAAGCUGAACUCAGCUCGGAAGCUAACCUCCAAAUAACAGAAAUGAAUGUGCCUAAAUUUGGAAUGGAGUUUGGUUACAGCACAAGUCACAGCAGGCUUGAAAAUGGACCUCUGGACCUUCCAGGAUCAAUCAAUCCAAGCCUCUUUGAAGCAGCUCAGACUCCACUGCCUUUCAUUCCAGCAAACACUGAGAUACCACUCAUAGAUCAAAGAAGAAUCCAUAAGCGACCGGGGAAGAUUGUCAUUCAUGAGCUGCCACAGUUUGGCGGGGAAGCAUUUGAAAUUUGCAAAGAUGUAGAGGAUGCCAGUUAUAUGAAAUUGUCACCUGUGAUUUCAGUCAAGGUGUUAAGAGGAUGCUGGAUUUUAUAUGAAAAGCCCAAUUUUGAAGGCCGUACAAUAGCCUUGGAAGAAGGGCCAACCGAGCUUGAGAAUGUCUGGAGUGAGCCUGUCUGUGAAGAUAAAGUAGAUGCUGAGACACAGCAGGACCCCACUUCUCCCAUGGUAAUCGGCUCCAUUAGACUUGUGGUAAAUGACUACAGUAUCCCUCAGAUCGACCUGUACACAGAGCCUCAGGGUUUGGGAACUGUGACGAUGUACUGUGAUGACACUUUGGAAACAUGCACAUAUGGAUUACCACUUUGCACAGAGUCUGUCAAAGUUCAUUCUGGCGUCUGGCUGGUGUUUGAUCAACCUGGCUUCCAGGGAGCUCUGUCUGUGCUGGAGCCAGGAGAGUAUCCCUGCCCUGAGUCAUGGGGAUUUCAUGAGCCAUUUGUCAGAUCUCUAAGGCCUCUCAAAAUGGGUGGACUGAAGGUAGAGAAGCCUACUGAACCAAAGGCUAUUGUCUAUGAAAAGCCGUCAUUCGAAGGAGAAUUUGUAGAGGUUGAUAAAGAUGUUUUCAGCUUUGUUCGGGAAGAUGAGAAUUCAGAGAUUUCAACUUGUUGGGUAAAGGAACUGAGUUCUGUUGGCUCCAUCAAAAUCCUUGGUGGACUCUGGGUGGGUUAUGAAAAGGUGGGGUUUGAAGGACGACAGUAUGUCCUCGAAGAAGGAGAGUAUCCACACUGGAGGGACUGGGGAGGAUGUGAUGGGAAGCUCCUGUCUUUGAGACCUGUGGUGGCCGACUUUUUGUCACCAAGCAUGAAAAUGUACAGUGACAAAGACUUUGGAGAUAAAGGAAGCAACAUUGCUGUUUUGGGAAUGAUUGCAAACAUGGAGGACACAGGUUAUGGAAUAAAGACACAGUCAAUUGAGGUCAUAAGUGGUGUGUGGGUGGCCUUUGAGAGUCCUGACUUUACUGGAGAAAAAUAUGUCUUAGAAAAAGGAUUAUACAAUAACUUUGAAGACUGGGGAGCAAAUAAUUUUAAAAUCUCAUCCGUUCUGCCUGUGUUUCUGGAAACGCUUUGUGGUUCAGAACCAAAAUUUAAGGCUCAGUUAUUUUCAGAGCCUGACUUUCAGGGCAGCUGUCACACCCUGGAGGACAGUUCACCAACCCUUCCCCAGUCAUUCACACUGGGGUCCUGCAAGAUUUUGUCUGGAAGUUGGAUAGCCUAUGAAGGACAAGGGUUCGAGGGACACAUGUAUGUGCUGGAAGAGGGAGACUAUCCUGACCUGAUUGCAUUAGGCUGCCCCAAUCUCAACUCAUCUAUCCAAUCCAUGCAGAUAUCAGGUUUUGAAUUCUCUCAGCCUUACAUUACACUGUAUGCUAAAGCAGACUUCAGAGGGAAGAGAAUUAUUCUGAAAGAAGGUGAAGUGAACCUGCAGUUAGCGGGAUGCAGUCCCCAUGUCUUCUCUGUCAAUGUGGAAGGAGGAAUGUGGGUAGUUUAUGAACAGAGCAAUUACAGAGGUCGUCAGAUUCUGCUGCUGCCAAGUGUUAUACCUGACUGGCACAGAUACAGCAAAUGGCACAAAAUUGGCUCCUUGCGUCCUUUAUUCCAGAAACAAGUUUUCUUUAGAAUUCGGAACAAGGAAACUGGGACACUGAUGUCAAUCACUGGCACCCUUGACGACAUAAAACUGAUGCGAAUUCAGGCUCUGGAGGAUACUGGGGCUUUUGAACAGAUCUGGUUCUAUCAAGAUGGUCUCUUAAGAUGCAAGAUGUUGGAAGACUGCUGCUUGGAAACUGUAGGCAGUAUUAUUAUGGCUGGCUGCAGGCUAACCCUUUCACCCGAGCCAGGGAAAGAGACCCAUUUCUGGAGUAUCACUCCUGAUGGCCUCAUCAGAUGUAACGCGAAACCAGAACUUGUUUUAGAAGUAAAAGGAGGUCAACAGUUUGACAAAAACCAAGUGAUCAUCAAUACUUUUGAUGAUAAGAAGCUGAAUCAAAAGUGGUCUGUGGAGAUCCUGUGAAGCAGUGACUGUCACAGAGGAGCUCUACCAUGCCUUCCUAUAGGAGCUUAUAAAAGAGAAGUGUCUCCAACCAGAAGACAUUAAUUUCUGAGUCUCCAAAUGGAGUGUGUUCUUAGCUGUAAAUGUUUAAUUAUGAAGAACUGCUCCUUAGCUAAAUGAUCUGAAAUAUUUUUUUAUGACAAUUACCCAUGUUAGGUAAAUAACAGUGUAGGACGCAAAUGUUUGUAAUUAGAACCUUCAUAUGUAAUAUCUAAAAGACAAAGGGAAAAAAACAGAUGUCCGUAUUCUAAAGCAUUUAGAAAUUCUCAGGGCUAUGAGUUCAAUAUAAAUGGAACAACAGACCACACUUUACCAUAUCUAAGAAAAAACCUGUAAGUUUAGAAGUGUGUGCAUGAACCUUUUUAGAAAUAUUAUUUAUUUGACGAAUCCUUAUUUGGCACAUACUAAGUUCUAUAGUAAGCAUAAGGACUUGAACUGUAAAAUCUAUUUUACUUUGUUCAUCAAAAACGUAUAUAUGGGAGUGGAAGUUUUCUUGUUGAUUUUGGAACAUUGUUAAAAUGCUUUAGAUGGUUAUAUUAAAUAAUUGCCAUUGGGAAGUGCCACAGAUGCUGUUGUGAAGCAACGUGUGGUUCAAAACAAAACCUUAUCUAUUGUUUUGGUGUAAAGGAAAGAAUGUCGCAAAGUCUAAGCACUGCUUUCAGCUCAUGACUUGAUAAGGUCUUUCAUUAAAAAGAUGAAUAAUGUUGUUAUUCAGAUUGCUUAACUUCGGAAGACAAUUUAGGCAGAGAGAAACAUUUAGAACCAUCUCAACAUGUGGUCUAAUAAAAAUCUUAACACAGGGUAUAUAUUUUGUAAACUGGCAUUUCCCAGCAUUUAGUACAGGUAAUAUUCUACCUUCAGUUAAUCUCAUCUUUUGUUACACAUUUGUUUUGCUUUUUUAUUGUAACCGCACUACUAAUAUUGCAAAGUGUAAUAUUGAGAUUGUUGUAUUCUAAUGUACGUUGUUGACAUGCAAGUGUAAAAAGUGUGUUUCUGCUUUCAUUUUUUUUGAGUUCUUGUUUACUGAAAAGGGUUCUAGAACUUUUAGAUGUUUUAAGGACGUCAAUGUAAAACCAUUGCAUUUAUCUAAUAAAAGUUUUUUAAGCUAAA